UUGCAGCUCAGCGAGGCGCCAGUGAUGGCAGACACCAUUGCUUUGCCACUUGAGGAAUUCAUUGCAUCAUUGGACAAUGAUAGUCUGCCCAAAAUUCUGCAAGUUUGUUCUGGAGUCUAUUUUCAAGGUUCAGUGUAUGAAAUCUCUGGGAGUGAAGUGUGCUUUUCUACAGGGGAUCUGAUAAAAGUCAUUGGUAUUGAACUCCUGUCAGUUUCCUGUGAAGAUGUGAGCAGCAAUGAGAAAUUUGUGCUGCCUAUCAACCACACAGGCUUGUUCAAAGUGGUCCCUGAAGCGAUAGCGUACAACUCAGUGGAGGAGCUGUUGAGCCUCCGUCCUGUGGGCUUAGAAUCCAGCCUUCCCUUCACUUUUACAAGCUCCUCCAAGAUGACCCUUGGUGCCCUCAGUCUGGGCAGCGGGAGAACUUUUACUGUGCUGUCCAUCGAUCGCCGGGAGGGUGAAGAGGAUCAAGUGCGGUGCCAUGUGAAAGGGCCAGACGACGUCUCGGCUGAAGUGCGCAUCCCCAUGUCUUCCCGUGGGGAGUUUUACGAGUGCGAAAGCGAGGAAUGCUUCACUCUGAAGGAGAUCAUGUCUUCGCCCUGCCUGCGUAGCCGAAGGUUUCGCUUCGUUAACACCACAAAGUAUGAGCGGCCCCUUGUCUUCAGUCCAGUGUACGAGGUCCACGCCAUCAUGAGCUUGAGGAAGCACGUGCUGAAGUUCCCGUCCAACUUAGAGGUAGACGUGGUCGAUGUCACACAUAUAUCUAAAGAUAUGCAUUUUGUGACACCCCUCAGUCUAACAGAGGUCCUGACUCAGCCGGAUGAAUCAUUCCCUGCGGUAAUGGAGAUAUUAGAGGGGCCCGAGCCCCCCGCCCUGUUCAAGUGCAGCUGGCUGCCAGAGCUGAACAAGAAUCAACGCCUGGUCUUUCACCAGAAAGGAACCAUGGCAAUGGCCCUGUUAUCAAGCUUGAAGGGCCGGAAGACAAAGCAGUACUUCCUUGCGUCUCAGCAGUAUGGUGGACGUUUGCGGAGGCGGCCAAGAGAGUUUAAUUCAGUUUAUGAACUGUACGUCGCCUCCACUCAGAAGCCAGGUUUGAAGGUCAGUGUCACAAGAAACUGUGAAGAAGUGGAGGAGGAGGGCCUGCCGGCUCUCAGCGUUGGGGACCAGCUGGAGAUUGUCCGCUGCAGUAGGAUGGAGGUGCCCUGUGAAAAAGACCAGAAACAGUCCAUUGAAGCUCUGCUGUGCCAGUGUCUUCCAGACCCAAACGAUGUGGAUGACGAUGAAGACGGAGAGGAGGUGAGAGAGGAGACUGAGAAAACAGAGGUCCUGCUGCCUCUUUACAUGCAGGGUCACUUUGUGGAGGUACUCGGUGAUAACAAGAAGUACAGACUCGAUGACUUGAUGAAGGAGUUCAGUUCGCCGUUGGAUGUGAAAGUGGUGAGCCGUGAUACUGAACUGGAGACUGACCCACUUGUUGGGUUUGCAAGUCUCAGGAUAGAGGGAGCUUUGAUGGAGCCCACCAUCCAGGCGAGCUUCCCACACAGGCCUGACUUACGUUUCCAGAUCCCCGCCCAGUGGCUCUCCCUGUCAGUCUGUUUCACCGAGGACCCCCUGCCUGGGCCUCAAGAUCAACCGCCCAAGGUCUGCACAGAAAGCGUUUUAGAGGUCACAGACACUUUCUUUUAUGAGUAUCACAAGAAGGGUAACCCUGAUGAGGCUCCUCCACCGCGACCACCAAAGCGGGACUUGACAUCCCACACAUCCAAAUCUAAAAAGAAACCCCACAAGUCGAUGAAAUCCAAAGAUAAUCCCCAGAAAAGCAUCCCAACGGAUCAAUUCAGCGUUUUGACUUUAACUAAUAAAAAAAAGGGCCCGGCUCCACCGCCUCCGGGUGACUUAGAUUGUGAACCUCCACCAAUUGCGCCCCGAAAGCUCUCAGAUUCUGGAAUGGGAACAGUGAAGGCCAAGCCAAACACAUAUGUUACACAGACACAGAGAAAAGUGCCUUGGAAUGACAUACCAGCAGAUAUGGACAGUGACCACGACUACGAAACUGUGGAUGACACACUGGUGGCUAUGAUGAAGACAGCACAAGAGAGCGUCACGUUCUACUAA